AGCCAUAUGCUUCAAUCCAGCGGUGAGGACGUCAUCACGAUGAUCCUCUCUCUCGUCCACGGGCUGCGGCAUCAAACGCAGCCUGCGUGCGGGCUGCGCUGGGUCACCGAGCGCCGUCGCGUCGCGCCGAACCGAAGCAUCGGCGUUUAGAGCCGCGUCUCCGGCGGCUCCCGGGGAGGAGCGGCUCCGGCACCGCAGCCUCCCGAGGCGGCGGCGGACCGACGGUUCGCCCCGGCGGCGACUGGUCGCGAAGCGCGGCGCCUCCGUCCGUCCGAAGCAGCGAUGAACGAGCUGGUGAAGUGUCUGCCCUCCCCGACCCUCCCCGGCCUCCUGCCGGGACCGGACACGCACCGGGGCUGGCUCUUCAAGUGGACCAACUACCUGAAGGGAUACCAGCGGCGCUGGUUCGUGCUCAGCAACGGCCUGCUGUCCUACUACAGGACUCAGGCCGAGAUGGCGCACACUUGCCGGGGCACCAUUCCCUUGGCCACGGCGCACAUCGAGGUGGGCGACACCUGCCACCUGGUGUUAACCAGCGGAGGCCGGAGCUACCACCUGAAGGCCACGUCCGAGGGGGAGAGUCAGCGGUGGGUUUCAGCUCUGCAGCAGGCCAAGGCCAACGCCACGCUGCUCAUGCAUCACUCAGAUGACUCAGGAGAUGAAGGCCCCGGACCUCAGGAGGAGCGCGCUCACUCACAGGGGGCACUCAAGACCCUGGCCAGCAAGCUAGACGACCUGAGCACCUGUAAUGAGCUGAUAGGGAAGCACGGCGCCGCCCUCCAGCGCUCCCUCAGCGAACUCGAGGAGCUGCGCGCACCCAGCGACAGCACGGACAGAGUGAAGGCCGUGAACGAGCGCGCCACCCUCUUCCGCAUCACCUCCAAUGCUAUGAUCAACGCUUGUCGGGAUUUUCUGGACAUCGCCGAAUCUCACAGCCGGAGGUGGCAGAAGACGCUGCAGCAUGAGAGAGAACAGCGCCACCACCUGGAGGAGACCAUCGAGCAGUUGGCCAAGCAGCACAACAGCUUAGAGCGCGCCUGGAGGGAGAGCCCGGCCUCGUAUGCAGGUGUGGAGCGGCCGCAGGAGGGGGACGCGAGCGACGAGAAUGACGAGGCCGAGUUUUUCGAUGCCAUGGAGGAGUCGCCUGCGUUCAUUACCGUGACGGCUAGUGGCAACGUGCAGCACAAGCGCUCAGGCAGUAAUCAGAGUAUAAUGAGCGGGGGAGUUCCCAAUGACUGGACUCACAAUGAGAAUGACACGUCAGGCACAAACCACACGCAGCUGCAAAGAGCGAGACGCACCCGCAUUCCCAACAAACCGAAUUACUCUCUCAACCUCUGGAGCAUCAUGAAGAACUGCAUUGGAAAAGACUUGUCCAAGAUCCCCAUGCCCGUGAACUUCAACGAGCCGCUGUCGAUGCUGCAGCGUCUGACUGAGGAUCUGGAGUACAGCGAGCUCCUGGACCGGGCCGCCCGCUGCGACUCUGCCCUGGAACAGAUGUGCCUGGUGGCCGCCUUCUCCGUCUCCUCCUACUCCACCACGGUCCACCGCACGGCCAAGCCGUUCAACCCGCUGCAGGGCGAGACGUACGAGCUGGACAGACUGGAGGAGUACGGCUAUCGCUCCAUCGCUGAGCAGGUCAGUCACCACCCGCCAGCCGCUGCCCACCACGUGAUGUCACGGCGAGGAUGGACCCUCUGGCAACAUAUCACCAUAGACAGCAAGUUCCGAGGCAAAUACAUCUCAGUCAUGCCGUUAGGCAACAUUCACUUGCAGUUUCACUCCAGUGGAAACCACUACGUGUGGAGCAAAGUCACAUCGACGGUGCACAACAUUAUUGUGGGAAAGCUUUGGAUUGACCAGUCCGGGGACAUCGACAUCGUGAACAACACCACCAAGGACACCUGCCGUCUCAAAUUCUCCCCCUACAGCUACUUCUCCAGGGAUGUGCCGCGUAAAGUGACAGGAGUGGUAGAGGACAGCGAGGGCACCGCUCACUACAUCCUGUCGGGAACUUGGGAUGAAAAGAUGGAGAGUUCCAAAAUAGUGGACAGCAGCCAAGGAUGUGGAGGCUCUGAAGGCAAACAAAAGACCGUUUACCAGACGCUCCAGCCCAAAGUGUUGUGGAAAAAAUAUCCCCUGCCAGAUAACGCGGAGAACAUGUACUGCUUCUCCUCCCUGGCCCUGACUCUGAACGAGCAGGAGGACGGCGUCGCGCCCACCGACAGUCGCCUGCGGCCGGACCAGCGGCUGAUGGAGGAGGGCCUGUGGGACGAAGCCAACUCCCAGAAGCAGCGUCUGGAGGAUCGACAGAGGCAGGAGAGGAAAAGGAGGGAGGCGCAAGCCAAUCAGGCCCUGGAGGAAGGGCAAGAUAUGGAGGUUUACCAGCCAGUCUGGUUCGAGAAGAGAGCAGACGAUGCGACGGGGGACAGCACCUACAUCUACAAGGGCGGCUACUGGGAGGCUAAAGAGAGACAGGACUGGAGCCAGUGCCCCAACAUCUUCCAAGGCGAAAUGUCCCCUUAAGUGAUGGCACGGUGUGAUUUAAGGAAACCCUAUGAGUUCCGGACCGUGGUUUGUGUGACUGUGGAUGUGGAAGUAGCCUCCACCUCCAGAAUUAAAAGCACAAAACAAGCUCCCGCUUCCAGUUACGCACUCAUCUCUUUCGCUCCACUACAGUAUAACCGCGAGUUGUCAGAACGCAUGGCUUCAGUUUGUGUGCGCUUCAUCGGUUUCUGAGGGACGUUCCCACGAGCAAUGAACGUGUUCUCCUUCGAGCUGCGGCGACGUUGUUCCCGUGCUCUGAACGGACUGCAUCGAGAACGGCUUUUUAACAGCAGAGCCUCGUUUCCUGACCUGCUGUCUCUGAUGUCUGCGGAUGUUUACAAUUCUGUUUCUUACGGUUGCACAAACUACAGUAGAUCUUAUCCAGCCAAACGGCCUCUCGAGCAGCUAUUGAAAACCAAAGUAGGUGUUAAUCACUUUGGAUGAACUGACUGAAAACACAAUGCUGUUUUACAGGUAACUGCUGUUUCCCAUGUUAUUUUGGGUACCACCAAUUAGUUCACAGUGUUAUAAAGUGGGAGUUUGCACUGUUAAAUUAAAAGAACACUGAAUUGUAUUAGAGGAAAAUAUGAUAUCAUAUUAAGUCCUACAAGUUAAGAUAUUUUUACAUUUAGCUGAGCUACUUCAGUGAUUCCUUUCCAGUUAUGUCUCCCGAGAGUCUUCAAACAUGAUGAAAUUACAUCGGUUUAAAUCUGCUAAACCUGAGGGGAUUUUCUCCAGAUAGAGAUUAUUUAGGUGCUUGAAGGUAAUUUUAGCCUUAAUUAUGUAAUAAUGUUGUAAAUCUCUAACAGCCAGUGAGACUUGGUAGAGAUUGUAGCAGUCUAAAAGGCCGAGGGGUUUUACUGUGCGUGUGCAUCAGGGUGAAUUUUCCACAGAAUGUUUCCCAAAUUUAGUUAUGGCAGAUACACCGAAGACACAGCAAUAACACAAAUACACAGUCACUUGUGUAAAAUACUCCCUGAGGUCUGAGACGCGUUCUAACACCACAAAUAGAAAGUUUAAAUCAUGGCUUUCGCAUAAGCUGAAUUGUGUGUAAAGAAAUCUCAUUUCAUCCAAGAGUAAGAAAGCAAUGAAAGAAUGAUUAGCAAAACAUUUGCUAAAGUGGUUGUGUUCAGGCACUCAUGUAAUGUACAUUAACAGUAAAUAUACAUUAUAUUAAUAAACAAUAGUAAUGUUUGUUUUUUAGUUUUCUGCUGAAUGUGUAUUAUAUUAGAUCAUGCAGAUUUACAACCUAGAAGACUUUGGCUUGUAUAUAGCAAGAAAAUAUUAGACAUAGAAUCACUUCAUUUAUAUUCACUAUAUAGAAAAUAGUCUUUCACAUUACUUGAAUAUCUAUUCUGGUCACAGCUUAAACUCUUUGUGUAUACAUAAUCCUAACUGGAGGCGAGAAUCAAUUCCAUGAUAUGUUGGAUAAAUUAAAUCCUGAAUAUAAAAUAUAGGAUACUACAUAUAACAUAUAUAUGUUGCAAAUAAGGUGUUGUUCAAGUAAAGCACAAUGAAAUGUUUACACACAGAUAACAAUAAAUGCUACGUGAACAAACGUUUCCAUGGCAACUUACAGCUAUGCAUGUUUCUGCACUUCUGUAAUGAGAAGCCUUGCUACCCAGCUAACUGUUUGUGGACUACUGGUUACGGAAACACAAUGUGUUUGUGAACUCACCUUCUGUGCCCAAUGACCUCGAAAAUGUGACAUUUUUGAGCUCAAAUAAAAAUAUAAAGUUGUCA